ACGCAGCGCACCCGUCGCUUCGCUUCCUUGCUGGCUGUGGCUGCUUCGUCCGUCCCACCCAAUCGGCCUCUCCCCUCCGCUCCCCAGCAGGAGCAGCCAGCCCAGCCCUGACGCUUCCUCCCCACCCGGCGUGCAAUCGCUCCCAGUCCUGACUCGUUCGCUGGACCGAACACCGCCCGGUGGUGCUCUUCCGCCGUGCUUCUCCGGGCUCCUCCUCGCCGCCCGCCGCCCGGCGGCGCCGUCCUGGUGGUUCCGUGGGGCGCCGGUCGGGCGCGAUCGGCCGUGCGGCCACCCGGCUCUCAGUCUCAGGAGAGAUAUAUUGUAAAAUGGAAGUACUGCGUGAUAUGCACCUGCCACCAGGAUUUGGAUUCCAUCCUUCGGAUACUGAACUUGUUUCUCACUACCUGAAGAGGAAAAUACUUGGCCAGAAAAUUGAGUAUGAUCCUAUACCAGAGGUUGAUAUAUAUAAGCAUGAACCAUGGGAUUUACCUGCAAAGUGCAAUCUUCCAAUCGAGGACAACAAGUGGCAUUUCUUUGCCUCUCGUGACAGGAAGUACCCUACUGGCUCUAGGUCAAACAGGGCAACACUCGCUGGUUACUGGAAAUCAACUGGGAAGGACCGAGCCAUAAAGCUGAAGAAGCGAACUCUAGGAACAAAGAAGACUUUAGUCUUUCAUGAGGGUCGGCCUCCCUCUGGCAGACGCACUGAGUGGAUUAUGCAUGAGUAUUACAUAGAUGAGAACGAAUGUAAAGUCAGCCCUGAUAUGAAGGAUGCUUUUGUCCUCUGCCGUGUUACUAAGAGAAGUGACUGGGAACUGGAUAAUGAGGUGGGCAACAGGUACCCUCAUCUGGAACAACUAGAUGCUGCUGCUGCAUCAGUUGCCAGCACUGUAAAGCCAGAAGAUGCGGUUGCCACAGUUAUCUGUCCAGAAGAAUCUAAUCGUGCUGCUACACCAGUUGGCAGUGAUGAACUAUCUAAUGAUGUUGGUCAGGAACCUAUCACUCCUGAUUCAUCACCUCCAAACGGUGGUAAAGAACUGGAAGUAUGGCUGGAAGAACUGUUGGAUCCUUCACCUUCAUUUAACCUUGUAGCUGAUACUCGUUCUGCUGAUGUGUCUCUGACUGACCAAUAUGCUGAAUCGUCCAAUCCUGGUUCUGUGUCUCGGAAUAUUGGACCAGGCCAUGCUAGCCCUAUCCAGGAUGGAACAGAUGCUACAGACUACCUAUUAACUGAUGAUCUUCCCGAGGAUCUUUACAGUAUGUUGUAUCCUGGUACUGACCAGUUCUAUGAUAGUAUGUUCUUGGAACAAGCUGGCCAGGAAGGUAUUGCUUUUCCUACCAACCAAGCGUACUACAUGAUGGGAAUGGAAUCCUAUGCUCUUCCAACCAACUUGAACGGAACUCUGAAUGCUGAAUUGCAGUCAGACCAGGAAAAUAACACGACGAAUCUGGCAAAUGGAAAUACUGACACUGGAGUUACAAUACAAAGCCGCAGAGCAACCACAUCUCCUGCUAACAUUUCACUAGCAGCUGGCAAGAUUAAAAUGCAGGUUGGAAUUAAUAGGAUGGUCACAAGUAGUUCCGUAUCCAUCAACCAGACCAUGCGGUUUACAGAUAACAGUGGCCGACGUCUUGAUCUCAAGACUGAUGAUGUUGAGCACCAGAAGAAAACUACAAACAGUGCCAUUUCUGCCAAGCAGUCUAGGGCAGCCAAUCCUGAAGGCCACAGUAGUCAAGGCUACCUCAAGGGCUUCAAAAAUACAUUCAGAUGUUCAUCAGCUGGAUUCAAGGCAUACAUAUCUUUUGCCUUUUUUGUGGUUGGAGUCGCUGCUGCUGCAGUGCUGCAUCACCACCGCUCCUGUGCCAACCUAUAAAUUUGAAUCACCAAACACCAGCAUGCUUAGUUGUAGUUCUAGUGGUCAGCGGCAGCAUUGGCUUGAGGGCAGGUAUCUUCCCAGAUUCAUCCUUGCAGUAGUUCGUCGGCUUUACUUACUUGCAUUGGACUGGAGUAGUAGUUGAGUUCCUCAGCUUAUAUCACGGGGGUUACUGGCCUGGACAAUGGAGAUACAUUUGUGCGACCACUGAUUCCCAGUUAUCUCCACAUGUUUUUUGUGGUGCUGUACAUAUUAAGUUUUUUUCUCGUUUUGAUCGUCUAGUUGCUAAUGGGUGCCUAUUUAAAAAAACGAAAAAAAGAGGGAAAAUUGGUGGGGGCAUAUGAACAAAAGAAAAGAAAAGAAAGAAAGAUGUACUUUAGGUUAUCCUUAGAUUUGUAAAGCUGAACCAUGUUUAUAAAUGAUAGUGGAUGACUACAUUAUUAAACUAGA